ACAUCCAAAAGAGCAACACACACACACACAUUUGCAAACGUGUGUGAGCUGGUGUGUGUCAUGCUUCAUCAUAUUACUUGGAGGAGCCGAGGCCGUUGGAUGACACGUAUGUUUGAUGGACAGCACUGAAGCUUUUUUUUUUUUUUUAUGCAGCAGGAACAGUUGGGAGUCAGGAGCCAAGGAAACAGCACAUCUCCGCCUCAUCAACAACAUCGAUUGGAGCAAAGUUGAUUAGACAGCACAAAAGCAGGAGAAGCUUCAUGACGUGAAGUAACAAGGUGUAGAUUCCAAGCUCACAAUGUCAGCCGGUGAGAACGCUGAUCUGAGUUGGAAAGAGGCCCCGCCCACAAACAUCACCUGCAUUGCCGAGAGUCGGUCGGUGACCACUUCAGUCAUCUCUAUGAGCGUCGGCAUCCUGUCCAACAGCCUGGCCCUCUUCAUCCUGCUCAAAUCCCCCAAACGCAUGCCGCAGAAGAGCAGGGCGCCCUUCUCAGUGUUCGCCACCUCCCUGGUGGCCACCGACCUGCUGGGCCACCUGGUCAACGGCUCGGUGGUGAUUUACGUCUACAGCUUGCGCAAGCAAUGGGAGACGUUCGACCCCCACGGCAGAGUGUGCAACCUCUUCGGCGCCACCUUGGUCUUCUUCGGACUGAGCCCGCUGUUCCUGGGGAGCGCCAUGGCCAUCGAGCGCUGCAUCGGGAUCACCAAGCCCUUUUACCACUCGACCGGAUUGGCCUUCCGCCACAUGAACAAGCUGCUGUCCGUCAUCUGGCUCCUGGCCGCUCUGGUGGCUGCCCUGCCUGUGGCGCUGAGGAGGUCCUACAGGGUGCAGAGCUCCAGGAGCUGGUGCUUUUACAAUUUGGACGAGCCCAGUGACUGGUUGGAUGUGUUCCUGCCUUUGCUGUUUUCCCUGCUAGGCUUGCUGGCUCUUCUCUUCUCUAUCGUUUGCAACACGGUGACCAGCUGCUCCCUGCUCUUGUCCACCAUGCACCGUAAGCAUCACAGCAGAGGAACGUCUUACCACGUUGAGAUGAUCUGCCAGCUCAUGGCCAUCAUGUUGGUUUCCUGUGUAUGCUGGGGACCUUUACUGACCCGCAUCAUCUUUCUUACCUCCAAAGACGAUUAUGACCCAGCAUCCGACAAACUGCUUUUUGUGCUGCGCAUAGCCACAUGGAACCAGAUCCUUGACCCCUGGGUCUACAUCCUCCUGAGGAAGGCCGUGCUGAAGAAAUUCUUUCUUAUGUUACAACGCUGCUGCAGGUCCAAGUCCCAGGAGCCGGCGUGCUGGCGGCACAGCUUUCUGCAAAGCUCCAGCCACUCCAAGUUGGACCCACCGGCGAGCCUCUUCGACGGCUUGCUCGUACAAAACACAAACAUCAGUCUGACUGACGACUCCAAGACCGAAGUGUUUCACAUGGUGCUAUCCGUGUGGAAGAAAGGCUGAAAGAAAGUGGGAAGAUAGUGAUGGAAAACAGUAUGUGAUGUAGGUCAAGUAACUUGUGUUAACUCUUGUAUAAUAUAUGAUGUCCAAUGUGUGUAACUUCAUGGCUUCACUAUUAAAUGUUUGAUGGGUGGACCUUUUGAGUGAAAAAAGGGCCUGUUGCUGGAGCAGUGGUUUGAUAGCACAUCACUUAUUAUGUAAAGUCAUCUUUUGUCUUAAGGAUUGUUGUCACUAUCAAGUCCUUUGUAAAAUGUGAAAAGUGUUCUUAUACAGUGGAUGGGAGUCAAUAAAAAAAUAUUAAAAUGUG